CCACUUCCUACCUACUCAAUGGCACGACUACGUUCUAUGGGGUUUCUGACAGUUAAAAGUUUGGUUAUAUGAGGUUAGUUUAGUUAAUUUGAAAAGAUGCAUUGAGAAAAUAACUUAAAAUUAAGUUUUAAAUAAAUGUUACUAUUCUUUUAAAAGAGAAAGUACUGAAAUAAUUUUAAGCUAUCAUUAUGCACAAGUUAAAGGAAGUUUUUGAUGUAGAAUCGAAGCAUGGGGCAUUUUAUACUGGAGGAAACGUAGAAUGGCACGAUAAUAUACUUUACUGCAAAGGUAUCUCAACAGUGUCUUUAUUUAACAUUGAUAAUGGGAGUGUGUCUUCGUUAAUUGGAGAAGAAGGUGAAGAUGCUGAUGAAAUUCAAACAUUCACUUGUAAUAACAAACGGAUAGUUACAUCGCACAAAAGCGGACUCUUUAAGCUAUGGAAUGAAGAAGGAAAUGUGAUAAAAAUGUGGAAGUACAUACACAAAGGUCCAGUUGCAAGGCUCACACUUUUAGAGAAUGUUUUGGCUAGUGGGGGCUCCGAUGGAAUUAUUCGUAUAUGGGAAUUGGAACAUCAAGCUUGCAUAUAUGGCUUAAAGGGUGCACAGGGUGUUAUUCAUGUUGUUGAAUUUUACCAAGAGAAGAAUUGCAUUUUUGGCUCAGGUGACGAUGGUAAAAUACAUCUUUGGGGGCUAGAGAAAGGACAACUGUUAAGAUCAUUCAAUGGCCAUUUUAGUAAAGUUACUUCCAUUGCUUUUCACCAUGACAAAAAGCAUUUUAUAAGUGCAGGUCGUGACAAAGUCAUUAUUUUAUGGGACAGUAAUAAAGAAAAGUAUUUGAAAGUUAUUCCGGUGUAUGAAGCAGUUGAAAGUGUUAUUAGUCUGCCACAUAAAUUUCAGUUACCUGAUUUGAUCAUUGAUGAAAAAGAAGGAAUUCAUGUAGCAAUAGCUGGGGAGUUGGGUAUUGUACGCAUUUGGGAUGUUUUAAAAUCAAAGGAAUUAUUUCGACAAAGUAACUCUUUAGUUGACAAGGCAAAAGACGAAGGAGGCUUAUCAAUAACUAAAUUAAUUUUUGAUAGCAUUAGAAAUAUUUUUGGAGUUGUAACGGCAGAUCAAAACAUAUUGUUACAUAAUUCCAGUGAUUUUUCUUGUGUGAAGCAGUUUGUUGGCUUUUCUGAUGAAAUUUUAGAUGCCAUAUAUGUGGGAAAAGAGGACGAGUUUAUAGCGGUUGCAACCAAUUCUUGUGACGUGAAGUUAUAUGAAGAUGCUACAAUGAAUUGCCAACUUCUUAAAGGCCAUACUGACAUUGUACUUUCAUUGAGUAAAUGUAUGGCAAAUCGAAACCUUUUUGCUUCUUCUGGCAAAGACAAUUCCGUUCGAUUAUGGUUGUUGGAUGGUAGAACAGCUACAUUUAUUUCAGAAGUAAAAACGCACACUGCAUCAGUGGGUUCAGUGGCUUUCAGCAAUCUCGCAAGUUCGUUUCUUGUCUCUGCCAGUCAGGAUACAUGUCUAAAAGUGUGGAAAGUACCAGAUAAAUUAAUGGUUGGUGAAAAACUGGUUUGUUUGAAGACGCAGAUUGCCCACGAAAGAGACAUAAACAGUGUAACAGUGUCUCCAAAUGACAAAAUGUUAGCUACUGCGUCUCAGGAUAAAACGGCGAAAUUGUGGUCAACAGAUUUAGAAUUGCUGGGUACUUUAAGGGGUCACAAGAGGGGCGUUUGGUGCGCACGUUUCUCCCCGGUUGACCAAGUAGUUCUAACAUCCUCGGCGGACUGUACAGUCAAAUUGUGGUCCACUGCUGAAUUAAAUUGCCUGAAAACAAUUGAGGGGCACGAAGCUAGCGUUUUGAGGGCUGAAUUUAUAACAAACGGUCUGCAAAUCUUGACUGCAGGUGCAGACGGCCUGCUUAAGCUAUUUAAUCUGAAAACUUCUGAAUGUUCCCUCACAUUAGACCAACACCAAGCUCGAAUAUGGGCUCUGGCACUUAAAACUGACGAAUCAGGCUUUUUAACAGGUGGUUCGGAUUCGCUCUUAAUUAAAUGGAAAGACGUCACAGUACAGAAUCGCGAGGAAAAGAAAAAACGAGAAGAAGAAUUAACUUUACAAGAACAAAUCAUGAGCAAUUAUGUUCACGAGGGGAAAUAUUUGAAAGCCUUGUCUCUAGCCUUGGAACUUAAUAGGCCUUUGCAAACUCUGAGAAUAAUUCAAGCAGUUUUAAAAGAGGCCGAUCAAAGCCUGAAAAGUACUGUCGAACAGCUAAGAGAUGAACAGAAGGAGUUGUUGCUAAAUUGUGCCCUCGAAUGGAACACCAAUAGUAGGUUUUGUCAGGAGGCCCAAUUAGUAAUUAAUAUUUUGCUGGAGGAGAUACAAAGCGGAAGGUGUAAAAUAUCAGGUUUAGGCAAAAUUGUUGAAAGUGCUCUACCUUACACUGAAAGACAUUUUAAGAGACUUACCCAGCUGUUACAAGAUUUACAUUUUAUUAAAUAUACUGUUAAAUGUAUUGAACCCCAUACGACGAUUAAAUAGUUUUGUAAUUAUAGUAAGUACCUAUAUUUUGUUUUAAUAAAGUUGAAUUAUUUUUUAA